GGAGGGAGCAUCAAGUUCAAAAUUUCAACAACUAUAGCCAUCAACGUGGCAAUAGAAGUUAUUUGAUCACUUUUUGUUGUCAUGUUUGCUCAAUAAUUUAUAUCACCAUGUAAAUAUAAAUAUCUUUAUUCAUUAAAAAUAACUUCCUUCCAGAGAAACUUGUUUCUGUUUAAACCUUUGUCAACAAAUGUCAUCAGUAUAGCAACACCAAACAUAAACAGCAACCAAGAAACAUCAUGAACCAUUCCUGUUAUAUCAUCUUCAUCUCUUUAAUUCUUGAUUUAUUAGCUUUUACAAUUAUUUUACCGCUCAUGCCAUCAAUAUUGGAUUAUUAUGAAACUAAUGAUAAAAGUGGCCUUUACUUGCAACUUAAUGAUAUCGUUGAAACAUUCAGAGUAUAUUGUGGUGCUCCAAAUGAUUUAAAUAAAGUCCUACUCGCUGGCGCAUUAGGAUCUUGGUUCUCCUUUUUACAGUUCAUCUCUUCACCGUUCAUCGGGGCCUUUUCCGACGUCUAUGGACGCCGGGUUUCAAUGUUGUUAUGUUUGGUGGGAAUAGCUGUUUCUCAUUUUCUCUGGUCAAUGUCUCAAGGAUCGUUCCUUUACUUUGCCAUUGCUCGUACGCUAGGUGGCUUGUUUAAAGGAAAUGUCAGUCUAUCUACGGCAAUAAUUACUGACCUAUUGGCUCAAGCUGAUAGAGGUAAAGGAAUGGCGUUGAUUGGUGUUGCUUUCUCAGUUGGUUUUAUUUUUGGUCCUCUUCUUGGUGCCUUCUUUUCCUACUAUUCAAAAACUGUUCUUUCAUCGAGCCAACAAUUUUUCGCCUUACCCGCCAUUUUUUCUACCGUUUUGGCUGUUAUUAAUAUUGUUUUUAUUUACUUAUACUUCAAAGAGUCACUUCCAAAAGCCAAUCGGGCCAAGUCAACCAUCAAAGGUUUCAUGCAAGCUUUUGGAUAUGUUAACCCGAUUUCUUUGUUCCGCUUUUCAAAUGUUCAAAAGAUUGGCAAAGAAGACUUAAAAGUUAUCUGUGAUUUAGGAUUCAUCUAUUUUCUUUACUUAUUCUUCUACUCUGGCCUCGAAUAUACUCUUACUUUCUUAACUCACCAUAGAUUUGGAUACACGAGAAUGCAACAAGCAAAAGUAUACUUAUUCAGUGGUAUAUUAAUGGCUCUACUUCAAGGAACUUAUGUCCGGCGUAUAAAACCCACCAAAGAGCUCAAGACAAUCAAAAUAGGCUUAAUCGUAAUUGUGUUGGCAUUCUUGACAAUUGGACUAUCUCAAACCAUUCCUCAACUUUAUUCAGGACUAGCUUUCUAUUCAUUUUCAUCUGCCGCUGUUGUGCCUUGUCUAACAACUCUUGCUUCAUCAACUGGACCAUCAGACCAAAAAGGGACUGUCCUUGGUACAUUCCGAUCUCUAGGUUCAUUAGCUCGAGCCUUAGGUCCAAUUGUGUCUUCGUUAACAUAUUGGAGAUUUGGACCUGAGAUAUGUUAUGCAAUUGGAGCACUAUUCUUUGUUUUCCCGUUUAUAUUAUCAAGAUCGUUAUCUAAUCGACUGAACCCCGCUAAAAUACACCCAUGAGGUCAAGCAAUGGGUAAAUUUUACCAACGAGAUUGUUUUGGAUCAGAAAUGAAAAUGACUCAAAGACUGAUUUUAAUUCCAACGCUCAAAGAUCUCUGCAAUAAUUAAUUGUGACUUAAUACUUUAUUACACUUGUUGAUUAUGUUUAUUCUAAUAUUCUAUUGAGUAAAUUUUAUAUAUCGAUUUAAAAUUGAUUUUUACAUUCCCUA